AUGGUGGCGAGGGGGAUCUCGCUGUCGGUGAAUACAGCGUACGGGGUAUUUACCAAGAUUGUGCGUGCGUCAUCCCAUACAAUGUGCGAGAUGCAGGAUGUGGCUAGAGAUCAACUGAACUGUGGCGGUGAUUGGGAGUCUCCGAGCCUCUUCGAGGUCGAGGGCAACGGAUUCUGCGUAUCAGAUUGCAAAGCACCUGGUCCAAGCGUGGGCGAUGUGGGACUGGGCGAAAGGAAAACCGCCCUGAAGUUUGAUUCUGAAAGUAAAAGCUAA